AUGGCGAGAACCAAGCAGACGGCCAGGAAGUCCACCGGCGGGAAGGCUCCCAGGAAGCAGCUCGCCACCAAGGCAGCAAGGAAGUCUGCCCCGGCGACCGGCGGCGUGAAGAAGCCGCACAGAUUCCGCCCCGGGACUGUGGCGCUGAGGGAGAUCCGCAAGUACCAGAAGAGUACUGAGCUGCUGAUCCGCAAGCUCCCUUUCCAGCGCUUGGUCCGGGAGAUCGCCCAGGACUUCAAGACUGAUCUCCGUUUCCAGAGCUCCGCUGUUUCUGCUCUACAGGAGGCGGCAGAGGCCUACUUGGUGGGGCUCUUUGAGGACACCAACCUAUGCGCCAUCCACGCGAAGCGCGUCACCAUCAUGCCAAAGGACAUUCAGCUCGCUCGUCGGAUCCGAGGCGAGAGGGCGUAA